AUGAAACUAUCAAUUGCCGUACUGUCAUCAAUCCUUGCUGUCUGCUCAGUUACUACAGCUGGUCCAGUUUACCCCAGUUCGGCCACAAAUGCUGGAGCUAGCACUUCAGCUGGUGGAUCUGACUCUCCAGAAUUUCCUACAGAAGAUGGGCUUAUGAAAUAUUGCAGUCCAUUCGGUACUACCCAAGUGUCGUUGAUCGAAGAAAUUGCAAAAACUCGGGCUAGAAUUGAAAAAAUGGUGGACAGAUUUGAAGGCAUACGUCAUAACACCAGUAUUCAAAGAAAAGUGGUUCUUGAAACGGUGCAAAAAUUCGAGUCUCUGAAACAAACUCCGGGUCAGUUGUUGGAUAAUGCUGAAGCUGAGUAUAAUCUGCAUCAAAAAAAACUUGAAAAACUUGAAGAAGAUUUGGAGGACCGUGUUAGGAUAGCUUGGAGUAGGAUUCAUCAAGAAAAGGAGCUCAAGAAAACGCUUAUACAUAACUUGGCGACUAGAACAUUGAUGGCUAGUGAUUCCUUACUGGGAACAGUUCCCGGAUAUACUCAAUGCUUCCAUUAUUUCUUUAAUCAUUUUAUAGAAGAAUUGUCAUAA